AGAGUUUCGGUCCCGCUAGUCUUUUGACCGACGUCUUUUAUUCCUGGAAAUGUUUGACGUGACGGUAAAAACGCUUGAUGGGAGAGACUCUGUAUUUCAUAUAGAAAAUGAGGCUAUGAAUAUCGAAAAUUUCAAAAAAGAAAUAGAACAGAAGUUGAACAUUGCAGCUGAUCAACAACGCCUUAUUUUUCAAGGGAGAGUUCUCAACAAUGAACAAACUUUGUUGGAAUGCGGCAAGUUUUUGAUUAUAUUUUAUUCACUUGAUAGUUUUGUUGCAACAAGAUCGUUUUACCUUUACGAAAAUAUCCUUUUAAUUCGGUUGGGCACAUUUAGCUAAUCUAGUUGCGACUCGUAAUUUAGCAGAUACUAAGUAAAUACUAUCAGAAAUGUACGACUUAAUAUUGUCUAGUCCAUCUGAAUAGAAGUUUAUCUUUAUGAAUUACCACACGUACUAGUAAAACACCAGUCUUCAGAACUUCAAACAAGCCUAGUGUUCUUCACUCGUUAAGUUAACACUAUCUGAUUCUUGUUUUGUGCUAAUAGAUGCGGUACGAACAUCAUAGCCACACUGUACUUAUACGUCGGUCUUUCAGUUUAAUUUUUACAUGUUAUUCUGAUGUAUUCGUAGCUUUGUUAUACCCGAUCCUACUGAUAGUAUAAUCCUAGUUUAAGUGCAUUAUGAGAUUACAUCUAAGCUAGUGAACAUCAUCGAAAUGUCUAACCCAUCCAAUCCUAAUCCCAACUGGUAUGAUAACUUGUGGGUCAUUAUCACUAAACAGCAGUGUGACAGGAUUUCAGACCAAAUCUUGAGCAAGGACAAUGAGUGGUAAACCUAUGAUUUAUAUGCGAACCAAUCAGAUUUAGGAUAACAGGUCUUGGAUUUCGGCGAGAAAUCCACUCACCUAUUUGGCCAAACAGCGCCUUGUCAUUUUAGAUGUUAUCAGUUCGUGAUGACAGGUAGACGCACUCAUGUUCACUUCAGCGUCUCACAAAGGUCGUCCAUAAAUUAUAGUCUCACACAAUGAAUUCAUGUACGCAUCCAUAUCUUUAUCUCCCCAACUAUUACUAUUGAAGCCUUAUACAAAGCUUUCUUUUGGACGCCUAGCGAAGCAUUCGAGUACAUUGAUAUAGUCAUUUAUUUGGGAAGUGUAGUUAGCUAUAUUUGGCGUCUGACAAUAUUGGAACAAAUUUAUUGAGCGCACUGGGUCAUCCAUAACGUAGGUGAGAUUUCUAAAGAUAGCAACAGUCUGCUUAGCUUUAAUUAAUGGUUGUAAACAGUGAUCUUUGACAGUGAUGAGAUUAGAUGCAGGGAAUUAGGUGGGUAUAGUGAGUAAAGCUGGAGACCUUUGUUCACUAAGGUGACCUAACACAUGUGUUAAAUAUCAGAGUCACCUAUUGUGACACUGAGCGCUGACUGAAGUAUUAAAUAGAGAGAAAACAGGGUAAUCAGACUAAAACUUGACGUCAAUUCACAAAGUGAUUGUUGGCUUCAUGCAUCACGAAUGGUGUAAAAUAGCUGGGUAAGGUUCGCAUGAUAAUUGUGGUUAGUGGUUGCCUGGAAAUAAACGAGAUCUUUAAUAAAAAUAAGAAUCAAUGACCACUUCAUGGUUUAUGGUUGACAACAGUGUAACUCAUGUUCUUCAGUAGCCUGGAAAGUAGACUGUCAGGAGUAGUCUUGACAAAGUAAGAGCAUAUCUGCAGAUCCCAAAGGACAGCUGCACAGUCCCAGUUGGGUACUAGCUCUUUGUGGGCAGUUCUUGUUGUUUUUUAAGAUUGACAUUUAAAAUCCCUUUCUGUUUUGAUAAGGCAGCACCACUAAGGAUAACCAUUACAUAAAAUGGAUGUUUCACGGUCAACAUAUCCCAAUAAAGUUGACCUAAUGUCUCUUCUCUCAGAUCUUACUGUCGUCCGGCUGUUUAUUAUGACAUUGUUUCAUCGGGACUCAGUCUACUGCGCCCUCACUGUAUUUAAUUGUAGACUGCAAAAUCUCAUCAUUUUCACGGGCUAUUAAUCCGUCAAAACCACACUGAUUUCCUUAUGGGACACGUUUCGUACGUUUUAUGGAGUGAUUCACGUAACUGGUGUUUAAAAUUCUAGGAAAAUAUGGAUAUUUCUUAAUUCAGUUUUCUUUAUAUUCAGGUAUUCAAGGUAAAGUGGUACAUCUUGUUGUCAGGCCCCCUCCAACUACCAGAGAACAAUCAUCUUCUGGAACUGCAACAACUGACUCAACGGCUAACAUGGGUGGUUCUGGUCUAGGCGGAUUUACGUUUGGAGGUAUAAGCAUGCAGCAAGCUAUACAAGACAUUACCUCUGGGAUACUGAGUGGUGUUAGCGAGCUGAGCAGAGCAACUAACCUCUCCCUCUCUCGUGAUGGUGAUCUUUCUGGCGAUUCCCUUCAUGAUCAUUCUUUAAUAACAUUACGAGAAAAUGCUUUCAACAAAUUGCAUCGCCAAGCCACUCGCCUUACUCAGAAAAUAUCCCAAAUGUCUGACAAAGACUCUCAUGAUAACAAGGUAAAAGCAUCAGAAACUGAUCCGUCUCCUUCCACAUCUCAUUCCACAAACCAACGUGACAUUCAGAAGCUUGAUAUUAUUAACACUUGUGAUAAUGUAAAUGAAACGUCCAAACGAGAAUCAUCACCCAUGUUAGUGGAUACGGAUGAAUAUGAUAAAAUUUCCCCAGAUGAAAUCGAAAAUCUUAAUAAUGAUGAGCAACCAAAAGCUGAGGAAGAAAAUAACACAGAAACUGUAGAUAAUUCAAUAAAUUCCACACCAGAACCUUCUUUGGCUUUGUUAGCAGAUAUGCUUAGCAGAUAUCGUCAACUGUGGCACUCAAUAGAACCCCAGUUAGACCAGUGGGAAGAAAUGUUGCAUAAUGAAAGUAAGAUCGUUGGGACAACAUCUGAAGUCUGCUCCACUAUUGAAGACUCUUCCACAUUAGAAGUUGGUCACACAUCACAAGAUAUUGAAACUAAGAAGAGAACAUCUCAAGUGUCAAACUGGCAUCCACGUCUGUUUUCUCAAGUGAGCCGUUUACUACACUUAAACGCCCAUAUGCUUCAUUUGAUAUCUGAUUUCAAUGUAAUUACUAUGACAGAACGGGAGACACAACAGGUCAAUAGUACCGUUUCUGUUUCUCAGACUAGUAACUCGGAAUCUAAAACAUCAACAAGUGAUGAAUCUCAAAGACAGGAUCCUGACGCAAAUACUUUAAUUGACCUCACAAGUGAUCCUGUGAAAGAACCAAAGCCAGUUCCUCAAGUCAAACGAUGUACUCAACGGGUUUUAAGUGUUUCGGAUACUGAGAGACGUCGGAUACGUGCACGGAUUAGCGUUGAACCACCUGAUCUUACGAUCGUGGCAACUGGAGAUGGACAGGAACCACGAAUUAUUAGAUCCGAACAUCCUGUUUCCAAUGUUGGCUCCACAACUUCACGUAUCCGAAGUCGAUCGGCGUCUAAUGGAAACCGCGCUAGUAACCUUCAAACGGAAAAUGCUCCUGCUGUAACAAGUUCAUUCGGUACACCUAACCCUGCGAUGACUACAACGACAACCUCUUUGGGAAACGGACGCACUGCUAUUAUCCAUCGUUUUGACAUUCCAAUAAUAUCUGUAAACACAUUUAGUCUCCCAGCUGCUCCAUUUUUAGCAUCACUUUCAUCUCCAGUGACUGCAACAAGUGCUCCUACUAGUGUUGUGUCAAUACCAUCUACUACGCGCACUAUAACUACUUCCAGUGAUUCACUACCAACUACUCAUACCAACGUAACUAUGGUUCCUCGCCCAUCACUCCCUCCACUCACGGUAAUCGACUCAGUUGACCCUUUUUUGGCAUGCAAUUCUCGUCACUUUUCACGUGAAGUUAGUCAUAGAGUUUCUACGUCAUACAAUUUGCCAGAACCACCACCACUUACUCCAAUUAAUGAUGUCAUCACCCCACAUGGUGCUAAUAUUAGUCGUCUAGGUCGUUCACAGGCAAGUGUAGAUCCUGCCAGUUUAAACAACCAAACAAGAUCAGGUUUACCGUCGCAAGUUUCUUUUUCGUUUGCAGAAUGUGCACCACCGAAUGCUCCUGGUAAUCCACCUACAGUAAACACUGGAUCUGCAGGUACUAGACCUCCUGGAUCAUUUUCCUUUGGUUCAGGAAUCAGUCUGCCACAACACCUUUUAUCUCUUGUAUCCGCCGCCACCAAUGCCGCUAUUUCUGCUGUGAGUACCGAUAAUUUCACUUCCGGUCCCUCACCAUUCAAUCUGCAUGUUUCAUCGUCACCCAUGCAAUUCUCAAUAAAUCCAUCCCAUCCUGUGACAAAUUUAGCAGGAAGUGCAACUUCAACAGCAACUACAACUAGUGGAUCAACGACGCAUAAUACUCCAAGAGUUUUUCCUCAAACUAAGCCAUCUUGGGUAUCUAAUGAAAUCGAUCAAUCACAGCUUAAAGGGGUAUUUCAAAUCUUCAGUGUACUCAUAGAUGGAUUGAUUAAGACAGUAUGGUCCAGGAUUUCCCAGUCAUCAUCGAAUUUAAUGGCUGCCUGCGAAUAUGUAAAUGAUCAAAAUUAUUCCGUGAAUAGCGCAUCACGUGGUCGAAGUGUAUCCGUUGGGUUAUUAAGUGAUAUUAUUACCGCUAUUCAUAAUGAAGUCAAUGAGCAUCCUGAUACUCAAAGCUGCGGCCACAUCACUUCAUCCUCUUUGGAUGGUUUACGCGAACAUCUGCAACAUCACCUUUUCUGGGCUGAGUCAGUUUUGGGGAACAAUCAUACAGAACUUGUUAAUUGUUUAGUUAGUGUUAUUUUUAGAGAUCGAUUGUCAGAUGCUUCUCAUAGUGAAUACGCAACAUGGUUAAGAAAUUUUGGUGAAAAUCUCCCUGAACACUUGGUUGAUACAACAGCAUCCUUUGCCAAAUUAUGUAGGUAUAUUGUUUCUUCGCAAUUGGAUUUGUGGAGAGCCAGUCCAACGAAUACCGGAUUCGGUAAUACCCUACUGAUGACUCUGAAGAUUGCUUGUACAGAUCUUCUGUGUUUAACAGACAUCCUUACAAAUCAUCUUGCUUCUUCUUUGGGCAUUGAACUACACACUGAAUCAAGUUCUGAAAGUCCUCAAGGAAUUCGAAACCAAAUGUUUGGCAUCACUACAGGCUUUGAUAUGUUGUUGGAUCAUUUAAAUUCAUUUUUGCAAGCGAAUGAGGAUGAUGAAAACUUUGACUUUGCUCAAGACUUUAUAACAGGUUUUGAGAAUUGUAUUAAAUCGUACUGUGAUAUGGAUGAAACCACAUUACGUGCCAAGGUGACACACCAAAAGUCCUCAUAUAUAGAGUUCAGGAAAUCCAAAAUCCCUUCACCUAUGAUGGUUGAUCCGUCAAAUGGUGAAAUCCAGCGAAAUGUAUUUGAUGAAGAUUUGCAUGGUGAUGAUUUACCGUUUGUAGACGCAUAUUCUGAUUUGCCUUCGGAUGAAAUGAACCGUCCUAUGUCAGCUGUUUCAAAAAGUAAUAGUGAUGUGCCUACUGGUCAGCUUAAAUUACAAGCGAAAAUAUCCUCCUUACCUGAUUGGACUCCGAAACCAGGAGAAUUGCCUGACUGUAGAAUAAAUGGACUUGACCCUAAUCCGAAUGCUACUCUGCCUAUAAGUAAUGACCUAUCAGUUCCAAAUGAAACAGAAGGUUGGCACGCUGUUUUACCUCCUGCCUGGAUUCAUGUAGUCACCAGCGAUAUAUCUGCUAUGUCACAUAACCUUCCAACUACUGAUGAUCCUAAUCAAUUCGGACGAUUCAGUGAUGGAUAUAUAGCAGGCAUGCCUGCGAAAAGACGAAAGGUUAUGCAAGAACACUCAGCAUCUUUGUUUCAAUCACCUGAUCAAUUAUUCAUAGAAUGCUUAUCGGAUGCUGUUGCAAAUGAUCAUGUUAAUAAAGAGAAGACGAACGAAUAUUCGAAUAGUGAUGUAGAAGAUAAAUAUAGGUCGAGACUCAGAAGACUACCUGCCGCAGACAUUGAACUCGUAAACUCUUUGAGAGAAGUUGUCUCGGACCGACUAGCGGUACGUUUGACGAAUGACCCAGACUUUGAUACAACACAGUUCCCACUGUCUACUCAGAAAUUUUUAAAACGAGAACCAAAAGCACGAAUGUAACCUAAUUUAGCUGUGUGAAGGGAUGAGUUCCUAGCUUGUUUGACCUAAAAUAUUUUAGUGGCAUAUAGCAGUGGCUGUUAUAAGAAAUGGAUUUCAUACUAUUCAAAGCAGGAUACCAAAUUUCAUUGUGUAUUGUCAGUUUCAAAAUUUUAUUUGUUUGAAUUUGUAAGUGUAAUUCUAUACAUGGAAAGACAUGUUCGUGUCUUUUAGCAAUCUUUUCUCAUAAUUACUCAGCAAGUUUACUUCUUCACAAAUCAUGGGGUAAGUGAAAAGUAGCAUACAUUACAUUUGAGCAUUUGACCAUUUCAUUGUGUUUUUUUGUACGUGAAUAAAUUUAUGAUACCAACAAAGAUUUACAAAUAUAUGAGCAAUCUAAAUGUUAAUUGGAAUCCCAUAAAUAAUAACAUAGAAUAGGCAUAAUUGUAUAACGGUACAAAACCGUGAUGAGAAAAUUAAAACGAUAAGAACUAUGAAAGCAAAAAACAAAUUACUACAAAAAGAAAGCAGAGGGGGA